AUGUCUUCCACCACCGAUUCCAAGAGCUUCAAUCCCUGCGUGCCCGACGACCAACUCGAGACUCAGCUCGCGGCGCACUCCGAGCAGUUGGUGGUCAACACCAAGUACGGCCCCAUUACUGGUGGCGCGCCACAAACGGUGCACCUGCUUUCUUGGGUGGCAGGAUCCGCAGCCUCUGCCCGCGACCACCGCUAUGAGAACAAAGUCUACAUUUACGAAAGUGCUUACUGCGCGCAGCCGCUCCCUGACGUCCCUGUCGGAAAAGGCGUCAACCUCCCGGAACUGGUCGGCUUAGGCAAGCCCACUGAGAAUCCGCUGUUCCUCAACGUUGUCUGCCCACCUCAGUUCUCGCCGAAUUCGCCGUUCAAGUACCCUGUGUUGGUUUACAUUCACGGCGGAUUCCUGCAAACUGGUUCUCCCCAUGAACUGAACUCGCAGGCUCAGUACUGGGCUGCCGAGAAGACACAAGUCGUCGUGAACAUCGGUUACCGUGUCUCCAUCCUUGGUUUCCUCGCAAGCGACACCCCGGACAUCUCUGGCAACUAUGGUUUCAAGGACCAGUGGCAGGCACUCUUGUGGGUGCACGACAAUAUUGACAAGUUCGGGGGUGAUCCUACCAACAUCCAGAUUGCCGGAGACUCUGCAGGUGCCCAUUCGGUUCACCAGAUAUUGCACCAUGCAUCGCAACUUCCCGACGGCCAGAAGGCACCUUUCCAGUCCGCUUUCCUUCAAUCUAACGCGAUUCUGACGACGCCGAGCACCAAGGCUGACCAUCGCCUGCAAUUCGAGGCUGUUUGCAAGGCUCUCGGCCUGGACCCCUCUUCGCCUACCGCGCUUUCGGACCUGCGCGACACCACCAAGUUUCCAGCGGAAGCGUUCAUGAAGGUUCUUCUGAACGGGUCGGUUCCUGCUCCGUACGACACGUUCCGCGACACCAUCGACGGCGUGUGGGUGUCGCCCCCGCCCGAGAUGAUGGAGUGGCAGCGCUCGGGCAACCUCGCGCGGGGCCUGAAAGACAAAGGCGUGCAGUACAUCAUCAUGGGCAACCUCACGGAGGAGUGGUAUGUCUACGGGAUCAUCCACCCCGGCAUCACCACUAUGGCCGACUGCGUGGUCAAUAUGGAGCGGUACUUCUCCGCUGACGUGACCCAGAAGCUCUUCGCGUGCUACCCGGCCCUGCCGGACAACCCCACCCAGGCGCAGGUCACCAAGUUCAUGGGCACGGCGCUCUCGGACGCGCAGGGACUUGAUCACGCUGGCUACCCCAUACUGCGGUACGAGAUUGGCUGGGUGCCCGAGCAGCUGUCGGCAAUGACGGGCGGCUACGUGUCCCACGGCACCGACCGUGUCUUCUGGGCGUACCGUCUGCCAUUGAUGAAGCUCUCGCAGAUCGCAACCGUGAAGCUGUGGCUCGACUCCAUUGACGCCGAGGUGAAGUCGCUCCAAGCCGGCCUGAACGUCACCGCGAAGAACAUGAAGAAGGUGUACGCCUUGAAAGCGGACAAGACCGUGGGCUGGAAGGACGACGAAAGGUGGGACGAGCUCAUGCAUCUGGCUUCCGUCCUCCCUGGCGAGCAGUGA